AUUUAGGGACCCCACUCCAUAAAAAAAAUCAACGGCCGAGAUCAUUUAUCACUUCCUUCAAUAAAGCUACGUCGCCAUUCUCCACCAUCCUCACCUCUCUGACGCGUGAGUCAGCGAGUGUUCCUCUUUCUUCUCUUCUCUAUCAUCAACCAGGCUUUCUUGCUUUUCAUUUCACUACAACGACAUUCCAUACAUCCAUGACAACAGCUACAAUGCUUCUGCGAAGCUCGUCCACUCCGAUUCUCAACUCCUGCAUCCCCAACCCAAACUCAAACCCGAAUCCAAGCCUCAAGGAUUCGCCCCACGAACACGAAAUCCUUCACCGGAUCCCGCGGACGCACUCACUCACGCUGUCGGCGUCGUCGAGUUCGCUGUCGCCGGUUGACGCUUCCCCGAGCAGAAUGACGCGGGCGCUGUCGGAGACGGAUCUCUCCGCGCGCUCCAAAACGACCUCGUUUGGCUCCGCUCUGUUUUCGUUCUCUGAGUCUGACGAAGGCGAGAGUGCGUCCACUGAAGGCGGCGGAAGUGGCGGCGGCGGCGGAUGGGACAACGGUGACGGCGGAGGGUCGGGGUGUUGGGAUUCGAAUAACGGGAACGAUGGCACGGACUUGUAUUACCGAAUGAUGAUCGAAGCUAAUCCAGGGAACCCUCUGUUUCUUGGGAACUACGCGAGGUACUUGAAAGAGGUUCGAGGGGACUAUGUGAAAGCAGAGGAGUACUGUGGGAGAGCGAUAUUGGCGAAUCCAAAUGAUGGGAAGGUGCUGUCCAUGUAUGCAGAUUUGAUUUGGGAGAGCCAUAAGGAUGCUUCGCGAGCGGAGACUUAUUUUGAUCAAGCAGUUAAAGCUGCUCCUGAUGACUGUUAUGUUCUGGCAUCCUAUGCUCAUUUUCUUUGGGAUGCUGAGGAAGAAGAAGAUGAAGUUGAAGAAGAUUCCUGCAAAAAAUCUGGCAGUUUCUUACGUGGAGUUGCUCCACCCGCCCCUCCUUUAGCUGCUGCUUCUUAAGCUGCUUCCACUGGUGGCUGGCUUUCAUAUAAGAUAACUUUCUAACCUUUGUUUAUACGACCUUAACCUUGUAAUAUUUUUGGCCGAUGAGAACAGUGAUAAUAAUAAAUGGUUAUUGUCCACCUUGUCAUUAAUGUAGAUUGAUGUAGCCAUACUGGAGAAUAAAAGAUGGGGGACAUUAUUCUCCUUGAUUUGUCAAA